AUGCCAAGAUCGUUCCUGAUUAAGAAGAGGCGGCAGAAUCCUACCAAGAUGGAAAACAGAGACGUCGAAGUUCCGAACAUCGCAAGGCAAUCUUCAUCUGAAAAAGUUGAAGGUAAAUAUAAUCGCUAAAUGUUCGAACUGAGCUCUGUAAUAUGUUCCGAAUAGUUUUUUUGCUAUGUGACUCUCAUCGUAUCAUAAUUCUAAACCUGCCCUAGCAAAAUCGCCGUCUCUAUAUGAUUCAUGAGACAAUUAUAUCAAUCAAAUGAGCCUCUUUUUUGUAAAAGUACAUAAUUUGUCCUCAAAGAUCGCAGAGGUAUCAAUUCGCCAAAGAGGUGACAAAAUAAAUAAUUGAAACAAAGACGUUAAAACUGAAAAUGUUGAACUGAAUUUCAAAUGACAAACUUGCCUGUUAUUGGGGGCGGUUUACAUUGCUGUCGAUGAUUUAACUUUUCGUUACUGAAACACGCCUGAGACUGAUCUGAUAAAAUUUUUUAGCCGAGGAGUAAGAGAAUGAAUUAAUUGUUAUCUGUUUCCAAAUUUCUUAACACAUAUUGCAUGGCUGAAUAUAUGAAAAACAUGCCCUUUUCACCUUGCCCUUCGCAACUAAGGCUCUGUAUGUCCACACGAAUCUUUUUUCAUUUUAAUGUCGCUCCUAAUGGGAUGCAUUUUAGAAUCGUUGUGAAAGGAAGAAAAUGUUCAUCGAAAAUCUAGACAUCAAAAACGCCUUCCAGGGGCGUAUGACAUUACUACUCCUUGGGCGCUUUAAACCACGGUUAGCGCUUGAUAAAAAUUGCUCCAUUUAAUGUAUUUAAUGCUGCAUCCAUUAUCUAUCAGGGCAAUUGAUCGUCAAAAAUAAGAAAAUUAUAAAUGAUACUGAUUGCGCGAUCGCGUAGACAUUAACACAUACACUAGCGCCUCGGCACUGCCAGUCUCAGCAGUCUUUAAGAGUAUUCUGUAGAGAUUUAGCGCGCGGCGUAAACGUUUUGAACUGAGAUUUCGGAAGUGAGACUACCUGUGUGGAACUACACUAUUUGGUGCGUGUUCGGUAAGUCGGAAGUGAGAACUUAACUUUCGAAUUAAAGCGCAUUAGUGUGAACGGGCGCUAUAAAACUUUUGGUGUACUAGUUAUUAAAUCAGCCAGUGGUCAAAUAAGCCCUCUCACUCGAGUAAAUCCGUUUAAUAGGUUUGUACAGAAUCGACGCAUUUAGUAAUGAUGACAAGAAAAACCGGCUACGAUUUAGCAUGGCUCCGUACUUUUUGUGUGCGUAAAAUUACAUUUUUAUUACUAAACCUAGAUACUCUUAUGCAGUCUCCGUUUUCUUUCGCUAAUCGAUUUAAGUUAUUAGUUUUAUAAAUGAUAACAUUAGGGAGUUUACGCAACGAGGACGGCGACGGCUAUGAAAACGUCACUUAAAAAGUGAAUAUGCGCUACCUCAAAAUUAAUCUCGCUUAUUUCAGCUCCUUUAAUUCGUCAAAUGUUGGCAACUUUUUUUGGAGUUGAAUUCUAAAGGACUGCAUCAAAGUUCAGGAAAAGAAAAAGAAAGUUGUUGUCUUUUGUUCCCGUCCUCGACAAGACGUGAAAUUAGGCAGUUUCACGUUGUACGUAGUCGUGCAACGACGGCAGAGAAAUGUACAAAAAAGCGUGAUGCACGUGCAAAGUCGUUGUUUUGCUUGUCUUAACCUAUUGCUUUUUUGCCGUUCUCGUUGCCGUCGUCGUCGUUGCCUAAACUCCCUAUUGUGAAGUAGAAGACCUUUUGGCUUGGGUCGAUCAGGCGAGACUGAAACAGGAAAAUUGGGAAAAAGAGCGGGAGCACCUCUUCCCCUCAAUUUUUCCUCUCUCUCCAUCCCUUUCUCUUCCUUCUUCUCCUUAUUUCCCAGCCUGUUCAGGCUAGGGAUAUUUCGAACUUCAGUGAUAUUCUUAAGACAAGCGAUCUCUAUCCAGUUUAAACGAUUGGAGUGCGCAAGCCACCUGAUUCGAAUGUAUUUCUUACUUCGACUCCUGAUAAAGAAAUGAAACCUUUUUUAAUUGUUUGUUGGUUGAGUCAGUCUAUCUUGAUAUCAGUGGAUAACUAGAAAACGAUUCAAAUUGCUAGCGAAUACCCUGAGAGCACGCUGGUUUAUCAAACUUGGCACUAUAGUUAAUAAUUCGCCGUAUCUAAAUUUUUGUCGGCUUUAUGUCUAUUACAGAUGUGGAACAUCAUGGUAAUUCGCUAAGCAACAAAAUGGUUACCACCGAGGUCAAAUUAAGCGCUCUCACAGCACGGUUCUUGGAAAACAGAGAAAUGAAUUUGAAAUUUCCUUCACACUUCCAAACGCCACAAGAACUUUCAUUAGAGCAGUCAGAUGAGCAAUCUUCCGCAAAGUACACCACAACUGCUGUCAAGUGGGGCUUGACUUGGGAAAAAGAGAAUGAAAAUGGCUUUGAUGUAGAUUUUUUCAAGAACGAGGGCUAUAUUCUUCCUGCGAUGAUAAAAAUAGAAGAUAGAGAUGAUGAAGAUAGGGUGCAAAAUAUGAUGUGGGGAAGGAACGACUGGCAAAACUCGUUUGUACAAGGAGGUGUCCUCGAGAAGGACGAGGCGGCCGAGUGUCUUCUCCCAGAAAGAGAAAACUAUGGCAGCGAGACCAUUUCAGACGUGAAAAAUAAGGAAGGUUUUGAGAAGUCAACCCUGUUUCAAGAAGGUCCUGUCCUGAAAUGUGAAAUCGAAGAGCCAGUGGAUCAAAGACCCCUAUCAGCCUCCAGUUUGAAAGAUACGAAAGAGGCGACGUUCAGUAGUGAUAGCGAGACCAAGGAAACACUCUUACAGCAGCAACAUGCAAAAACAAGUAGCUCUUCGAGUAAAAAAUAUCGCUACACAUGUGAUGUUUGUGGUAAAUCAUUUAGCCGUUCCAAUACUUUGACAACACACAGAAGAAUUCAUACCGGAGACAAGCCUUUUAUCUGCGAGCAGUGCGGCCGUGCCUUCCGACAGCCUGGAAACCUGACGCGUCACCGAUUAACUCACACUACCGUCAAACCGUACGUGUGCACGCAGUGCAACAAAGCAUUCAACCGUGCUUCUAACCUGCAUACCCACAUGCGCACGCACACCAACUACAAGCCGUUCAUUUGUGACUUCUGCGGAAAAGGGUUUCACCAGAAAAUCGACAUGAAGAUCCAUCGAUACACCCACACAGGCGAAAAACCACACAAGUGCGACAAGUGUGGACGCGGUUUCAAGCAGCUGACACACUUGACGUAUCACCUGAGAACCCAUUCCGAGAUGCGUUUAUACCAGUGUGAAUACUGCGGUAAAGGCUUUAAUCAAAAAGGAAACCUACAGGCUCAUAUCUACGGUCACACUGGAGAAAGGCCCUUCAAAUGUCAGGUUUGUGGCAAGGGAUUCACGUUAGCGUCCACGCUGAACACACACAAGAGGACGCAUGCGCCCAAGAAGCCUUUCCAGUGCCAGUUCUGUACCAAAGCAUUUUAUCAAAAGAAUGCGCUUAAGACACACUAUAUAGCUUCCCAUCCGUUUGCAAAUGGUGUUAGCCUUUUGUAA